CGGCGGCCGCAGUCCCGCCGCAGCCCCCGGAGCGGAGGGACCGUGAGGGACCUGAGGGGCCGUGAGGAGCCUGGCGGGACCCGAGGGACCGUGAGGGGACGUGAGGGGCCUGAGGGGAACCGAGGGACCGUGAGAGGCCUGAGGGGAACCGAGGGACCUGAGAGGACCUGAGGGACCGCGAGGGACCCGAGGGACUCGCCGGCACACACCGCCCGCAGCCCGCCCCCGCGCUCCCACGGCCCCGCCGCAGCACCAUGUCGGUGCCGGAGCCCGCCGGCGGCGAGGAGAAGCAGGCCAAGGAGGUGGAGGACGCCGAGAAGUAUUCCUUCAUGGCCACCGUCACCAAGGCGCCCAAGAAGCAAAUCCAGUUUGCAGAUGACAUGCAGGAGUUCACCAAAUUCCCGACCAAGACGGGCCGGCGCUCCCUGUCCCGCUCCAUCUCCCAGUCUUCCACAGACAGCUACAGCUCUGCUGCAUCCUACACAGACAGCUCCGAUGACGAGGUGUCCCCCCGGGAGAAACAACAAACCAACUCCAAGGGCAGCAGCAACUUCUGCGUGAAGAACAUCAAACAGGCCGAGUUCGGGCGCCGGGAGAUCGAGAUCGCGGAGCAAGACAUGUCUGCUCUGAUUUCACUCAGGAAAAGAGCCCAGGGGGAGAAGCCUUUGGCUGGAGCCAAGAUCGUGGGCUGCACCCACAUCACGGCCCAGACCGCGGUGCUGAUCGAGACACUCUGUGCCCUGGGUGCCCAGUGCCGCUGGGCCGCCUGUAACAUUUACUCCACACAGAACGAGGUGGCUGCUGCCCUGGCAGAGGCUGGGGUGGCCGUGUUUGCCUGGAAAGGGGAGUCGGAGGAUGAUUUCUGGUGGUGCAUCGACCGCUGUGUCAACGUGGACGGCUGGCAGCCCAACAUGAUCCUGGACGAUGGUGGGGACCUGACCCACUGGGUUUAUAAGAAAUAUCCCAGCGUGUUCAAGAAGAUCCGAGGGAUCGUGGAGGAGAGCGUGACUGGCGUGCACAGGCUGUACCAGCUCUCCAAGGCUGGGAAGUUGUGUGUCCCAGCCAUGAACGUGAACGACUCCGUCACCAAGCAGAAGUUCGACAACCUGUACUGCUGCCGGGAAUCCAUCCUGGAUGGCCUGAAGAGGACCACGGAUGUGAUGUUUGGAGGGAAGCAGGUGGUGGUUUGUGGUUAUGGGGAGGUGGGGAAGGGCUGCUGUGCUGCCCUCAAGGCCCUGGGGGCCAUCGUGUACGUCACCGAGAUCGACCCCAUCUGCGCCCUCCAGGCCUGCAUGGAUGGAUUUCGGGUGGUGAAGCUGAGCGAAGUGAUCCGGCAGGUGGAUGUGGUCAUCACCUGCACAGGGAACAAGAACGUGGUGACGCGGGAGCACCUGGACCGGAUGAAGAACAGCUGCAUCGUCUGCAACAUGGGCCACUCCAACACCGAGAUCGACGUGACCAGCCUGAGGACCCCCGAGCUGACCUGGGAGCGGGUGCGUUCCCAGGUGGAUCACGUCAUCUGGCCCGAUGGGAAGCGGGUGGUGCUGCUGGCUGAGGGCCGGCUGCUGAACCUGAGCUGCUCCACAGUUCCCACCUUUGUCCUCUCCAUCACAGCCACCACUCAGGCUCUGGCUCUGAUUGAGCUCUACAAUGCUCCCGAGGGCCGCUACAAGCAGGACGUUUACCUGCUGCCCAAGAAGAUGGAUGAGUACGUGGCCAGCCUGCACCUGCCCUCGUUCGACGCCCACCUGACGGAGCUCACGGACGACCAGGCCAAGUACCUGGGGCUCAACAAGAACGGGCCCUUCAAACCCAACUACUACAGGUGA